GUUUCGAUAACGAUAACGGCACGGCGUUAUCUACAAGAUAAGAUUUUGUUUAUAUCCGUAGAAAACAAUAUAUAAAUUAAACAAUCAUGCGUGAUGAGAUUUUGGACCCCAGUAACCUGGUGAAGAACCGGGAGAUACUCUACCGACUGAUGAUCAGCCAGCUGAUGUACGACGGCCUGGAGAAGUUCGCCAUGGAGCUGUCCAUGCUGGUGAAGGCGGACCAGUGCGCUCCCAGUGAACGCCUGCUGCACGUCAUGAUUGCAGGGAUGCAGACGCUGAGCGAUAAGGACAAGACGAACUCGGAUGACGUGCUGCCCGGCAUAGACUUGGAAUUCGAGCCGGAGGCUUCGGCCUUGGCCCCGGAACCACAUUCCUACGAAACCGCGUAUGUGACCUCGCACAAACAGGCCUGUCGAGCCGGCGCCUUCAGCUGCGAUGGUUCCCUGGUGGCCACCGGGAGCGUGGAUGCCAGCAUCAAGAUUCUGGACGUAGAGCGGAUGCUGGCGAAGUCUGCGCCCGAAGAUAUCGAGCCGGGCAGGGAACAACAAGGCCAUCCAGUGAUUCGCACGCUCUAUGACCACACUGAUGAAGUGUCCUACCUGGAGUUCCACCCCAAGGAGCACAUCCUGGCCUCCGCCUCGCGCGAUGGCACUGUUAAGUUGUUUGACAUUGCCAAGCCCUCGGUAAAGAAGGCCCACAAGGUAUUCACCGACUGCGAGCCGGUGCUGUGCCUGUCUUUUCACCCUACUGGUGACUACGUAGCCAUCGGAACGGAACACAACGUGUUGCGGGUCUACGAUGUGGCCACCACCCAAUGCUUUGUGAGUGCCAUUCCCUCGCAGCAGCACAAGGCUGGAGUUACUUGCGUGAAAUAUUCGCCCACGGGGAAACUCUACGCCACAGGCAGCUAUGAUGGAGACAUCAAAAUAUGGGAUGGAAUCAGCGGGCGGUGCAUCAACACCAUUGCCGAGGCGCAUGGGGGAGCGGCAAUAUGCUCACUGGAGUUCACACGGAAUGGGAAGUACCUCCUAUCUUCCGGUAUGGAUUCUCUGGUUUAUCUGUGGGAGCUGUGUACCAGUCGUCCCAUUCAGACGUACACGGGCGCUGGAACCACCGGCAAGCAGGAGCACCAGACAGAGGCUGUAUUCAACCACACAGAGGAUUACGUGCUCUUCCCCGACGAGGCCACCACUUCGCUCUGCUCGUGGAACUCCCGUAAUGGCUGCCGUCUGACCCUUAACUCGCUUGGACACAACGGACCUGUGCGCUAUAUCACGCAUUCGCCCAAUGGUCCUGCUUUCCUCACCUGCUCCGACGACUUUCGCGCUCGUUUCUGGUACCGAAGGGCAAAUAAUCAGUAAACGGAUGAAGGUUCACAAAUCGAAUAAAACUUUAAGGAAUAAAGUAUCAAUUAUUGCGAUUGACAUUCGUGGUCUCGAUUUGUGAUUUCAUCAGAGUUAAUGAAAUAUGUUUCCAACACUUUUAGAAAUAAUUAAUCAGUAAAAUUUUCUUUAUUAAAAA